AUGUGGCUGACAGACCGGUUGCGCGGGUGCAGGAUGUUCGGCUUCCUGCUCGGGUCCACGCUCGCGGGCGCGGGGACCUAUUACUACAUCCUGGAGGAGUACAAGGUGUCGAACGAGCUGCUCACGGAGGAUAUCUAUGCUCUUCAAGCGGCGGUACAGAAGAUCCAUGCGUAUGUCGCGACGCUGGAGGACAAGAUGGAGGCAAUGGAGAAGAAAAAGAAGUGA